AUGAUUUCUACGGCCUUGUCUCGGUCAGUUUCGAGACGGGGCUUGGAUCCCACACAACAGCUUAGGCAAGCUUUGACAAGAUUCGAGAGCAUUUUGACCGAAGAUCAAAAGCGCAAAUACAAAACCAGCAAUACAAAGCCGGAUGCUGGGAGUGUCCUUAACUUUGUCGAGGAAAUCGAUAACACCAAUGAUACUAUGAAACAGUGCGUGGGGCCAAGAUUAAGCACAUUCCUGGGCCGAGUUCAAGAGUUUACCAACAUUGUUGAUACAUUCGUGAGCUCGCAUCCUGAGAUCGCCGCCCUCGUCUGGGGCGGCGUGAAGACGGCUCUUUUGGCAGUGAGCAACAUCGCGUCUUACUUCGACAAGGUGACAAGUUUGAUCAUGGAAGUUGGAAAGUCAUGCCCGACCUAUCAGCAGUUUGGGCAACUUUAUCCCGGCUGCGUCAACCUGCAAAGUGCACUGUGUGGUUACUAUGCAGUCAUUGUCUCCCUGUGUAUCAAAAUCAUCGAAGUUUCGAGACGUCCCGCAUUACAGCAAACAUUCUCUGCUAUCCUGAAACCUUUUGAGUCUGACUUCAAAGAUUUCAUCGACGAUCUCGCCAAAUCUGCUCGCGAAAUCGAGCAACAAAUCAGCCUUGCCUCAAAGCAGGAUGCCAGGGACGCAAAGAAGCUGCUUGAGCUCGAGAGCCAAAAAGCCGAAUUGGCCCGGAAGAAUGAUACCAUCUUUCAAAGGGACUCCAAAAAGGCAUACGCCGAGAUGCACGAGUUGAAGAUCAAAAGGGGCUUAAGAGAAGCUGAACGCCUGAGAAUCCGCAUUCGCAACAAUCUUUCCACCAUCGAUUAUGUCAAAUAUUGCAAUCGAGCUCGACGACAGCGUGUUAAAGGCACAGCGGAAUGGCUGCUACAGGAACCCAUCUUCCUUGAAUGGCAAAAUGACAAGCACACUGCAAUUCUCUGGUGCCCCGGCACGAUGGGAGCGGGCAAAACAGUUCUCAUGUCUCAUACGGUUACUCACCUCCAUAAGUCAAGCAAUGCCGAUGAGACAAUCGCCUAUUAUUUCUGCCGUGCCGAUGAUACGGCAUCUCUGUCAGCGAGGAACAUCAUUGGGAGUCUUGCUCGUCAAAUAUUAGACCUUCAGAUCACUGAUGCUCAAGACGAAACUCUCCAAAACCUAUCUGAUGCUAGUAAUGACCUUGGCGCAUAUGAAAUCACUGAGUUUCUACUCAAUAAUCUCCCUUUUGACAAGAAAUACUAUCUUGUCAUUGAUGGGCUUGAUGAGUGCGAAGGUUCUGAAGUCCGAACGGUAGCGCAAUGCGUGGCUCAGCUCUGUGAAGAACACACUAAAGAGUUCAAAGUCAUCUAUUCAGGUCUGCCAGAACUUGAAGGAUCACUCUUCGGAGCCAUCGGACCUAAGUACAGGAUCUCAGUGACUGAGUCAAAAAUUGGCUCAGAGAUGGAUCGCUAUAUCACCGCGACCUUGGAUCGCUGCCUAGAUGAGAAGGAAUUGGUGUUAGGGGAUGAGAGUCUUAAACUAAAGAUUGAAGAAGCCCUGCGAAAGGGAUCCAAUGGAAUGUUCCUUUGGACACGUCUUUUCAUCGAAGAGCUCUGCGCACAAGGAAGUGACAAUGAGAUUUUAGAGGCAUUGAAGCAUCCCCCACGUGCUCUUUCUGAGAUCUUCGAUCAGAAACUCAGUCGUGUACGGGGCAAAACAACCAGAGAUGACGCAUUCAGAAUGCUCCAAUAUUGCGGCGUGAUGAAGAGGCCAUUGAGCACGAGGGAGUACAAAGAGGUCUUGAGUCUUUCCCCUGGACAGAAGUCUCUUGAUCGUGGAAAUUUCCCUAAUGACAUGAACAGGGUUAUCAGCCAUUGUUGCGGUCUCACAUGCGUAGAUGAGGAGGAUAACACCGUGCACUACGUUCAUCAAAGCGUGAAACAACAUCUUUUUGACAACUUCGUGAAAUUCGUUCAUCGAACCGCGAACCCACAUCUUUUUGACACCACGCAGAGCCAAAUCUCGGAAGAAUUCAACACCCAGAAACUUGAUAGGCAUAUCGGUGUCCUCUGCAUGACCUACCUUGAUUUCGCUGAUUUUAAGCGUCAAUUGAAAUCGUUUAAACAUACUUCAAAUACUCCCAUACAGCCUGUUCGCUUUGGAGUUUCAACUUUCAGCAAUUCGAAGGGCAUAACUGGUCGAAUCGGACACAGGCUACUUUUGUACUCUCCCAAAUGGCAGUAUGUCAGUGCCGGGGAACUCGAGAGAAAGGCUGAAGAAUUGGUUGGUGCCGAAGAGUCUUCACGUCUCGAUACGGAAAUCCAGAGGCGAGGAUUUCACUUUCUCGAAUAUGCUCGCAAUCAUUGGAUCAAUCACCUUACGGACUUAAAAGCUGACUCUCGUGAUGAGAACUGGUCAUUGUUUCGCCGCUGUUUAGAAGGCGAUGAUAUCGUUGCGUACAGACCAUGGGAAUCUGCCGAGAAAAGCCACAAAGACAAAGGUGAUGUACCGCUCGCGAUACAAUGGUUGUCAACACAUGGGCAUUUUCCCUUGCUUCGAUACUAUGAGAAACAUCAGCCUCAUCUUUUGACCAAAGAAGCCAAUCAUUACAUCUUUCAGAAUUUCACUCCUCAUGGUCACCAGCAUCUCAUGGAGUAUAUUUACCAGCAGAGAGCUAACUCCUGUGAGCUGAUGGAGUUUGGGGUACUGCUAAUUCAGGCUUCAAGAGUUGGUUUUUCACAAUCAUUUCAAUCUCUGCUCCGAUUUGUUCCCAAUAUCAUUACUCACGCGAUUGAUAAGAAGAGGGAUAUAGAAGAGCUUCUCCGAACAAGCCUCUUGGUAGCAGCAAAAGCAGGCCAUGAUGAUAUUGUGCGGCGACUUCUCCGUGAGAAGGCUAAUUUCAAAGCACCCCGUUGCAUUUUGGACGGACGAACACCGCUUGAACAAGCAGCGGGAGAGGGCCAUCUCAAUGUUGUGAAGGAACUUCUUGCAGCAAAGGCCGACAUUCAUGCAAUCUCUGGAUUCUAUGACGGACGCACUGCGCUCGAAGCAGCCAAGGAUGGGAAUCAUCUCGAAAUUGUGCAGCGACUUCUUGCAGCACAGGCUGAGGCUGAUGCUCCUGCGAUGUCUCGACCCGACGAAGACGCAGCCCGCUCGGAAAAAGCUGGCAAAGCUUUGGAAGCACUUCGAAGAGACUCUCGAUUCACAAGGGCAGGCCAAUUGGCUGGUCGGAGAAGAGAGGUCGGGAAAGAGAGGGAGAGCUAG